CAUGAGUUGGCCCAGCAAACACAUACCAAUAUUUUUGCAGGCGAUUCUUGUUACAGCCUGAGCCGAUCUUAUAUUCGUUCUACAGGAUCACUGAUUAUUGUUCAUAGACGGUUAUCUGCAUUGCGGUGGAAUCAUGUUCUUGACGAGAGUUUUUGGACGGAGACUUUUUGCAACAGCAAGAUCAGAAGCUUCUGAUGCGGGAGCUGCAGCUGCAAGUACUUUUGGAACUGCACGUAACCCCUUCGAGGAGUUCUUUGAGACAGAUAGAAAUCCCGAGGAGGAAAAACCUGUUGUUAACGGACGGAGUUGGAAGGCUUCAGAAUUGCAUCUCAAGUCUUGGGAUGAUCUUCAUAAGUUAUGGUAUGUCCUGCUGAAGGAAAAAAACAUGCUCAUGACUCAACGUCAGAUGCUUCAUGCUCAAAACUUGCGGUUUCCCAAUCCUGAGGGUUUGCCUAAGGUAAGGAAAUCAAUGUGCAGAAUCAAGCAUGUACUCACUGAAAGAGCAAUUGAUGAUCCAGAUCCACGAAGGACUGCUGAGAUGAAGCGGAUGAUAAAUGUUUUGUGAUGCCUUUCUGAUUUAGAAUGUUAUCAUGUAUGAAUAAACUGCACUAGCGAUUAUGGAUGUAGUUUGUGUAUUGAGAGCAUUUUGCUUGUAUAGUUCUGUGUACUACAUUUAUGCAUCAAUAUCUUUGCUGAGAUACGAGAGGUGAUUAAUCUGCCACAAAACUUAAAAAGAUUUAUUUAUUAUGAUAAAUAUAUUUUGUUUAA